AUAUUUAAUGUUUAAUGCAUGUGUCAUAAGAUUCGAUGUGACGGGGAAUCUUGAAAACUUUUUGGUUUUCAAGGUGAACUAAACAAGGCCGUAGUUUUAAGCACUUCCAAAGUAUGAGAAAAUGUCAUUUGGCUGGCGCUCUAAAUUUCUGUAGGUACUAUGUAAUGUUUCAGCCAUGUAAGAGUGUUUGAUGGUUUGAUUUGUGAAUGCCUCUAUUGCAAUUGGCAUAAUUUCGAACUUAUGAAACAUUGAAACCUAUGAACUGUAACGGUUGGUAAAUGACUGCGUUGUAGGUAACAGGAAAACUUGUGUGUUGCCAUCCAUAGAUUGUGCACAGCUAGUGGCGGAGCCAACAGUCGCAGCGCCGACAUUCCAUCUCCUUGGAGCGCCGCUCAGGCUCGGUCCCUCAGCGCAGAUCUUCUGCUCCUUCCCCCACUCGCGCUCAGUGGCGCUCAGACUCGGUCCCUCAGCUACGGAGGAGCAGUCCCAGGCUCGGCGGCAGCUGCGGCGGCUCCGCCUCUCGCCAGUCGCCUCGCGCCCUCGCCACCGUCCUCCGCACACUGGCCGGCGACCCUGUUGCAAAUAUCUCGAUGUUAAGUGUUUCAAAUUCUAUUGCCGCUGGUCUUCCUAGCUAUGGGCUAUAUGCAGAGACAAGGUUUCUCUCACAGAGCUAUAGGAAGUUCGCAUGGAAAUCCUCUUACAAGUAUCUCAGAAUCCGUGCAGUGCAGGGAAAUGAUGGCCGUCGAAGGCUGGUUGACAUAAUCCGAAUCAUUCCAGAACUCUCAAGGGACUAUUUUAGAAGCCGGUCGAGGCGAGCUCUUUUUGGUGGCAUCUCGCUGCUUGGCGGCUUUUACGUUGCACAGACAAUCUCACUCUCUUUCGGUGCAUUGGGUGUGAAUGAUGUUCUAGCGGCAGUUGUUUGUGUCCUGCUGACUGAGUAUGUGACAAAGUUCUAUUACAGCCAGCCUAAGGUUACCUUCCCCAUUGCUCUCCUCAACAACUUCAAGAUGGGUUUCACAUAUGGCCUGUUUAUUGACGCCUUCAAGCUUGCUAGCUGAGCUGAACUAUGUCCUGCUUGGCUGUUUCUUUGUAUGCUUCUUGAUCACCACAAACAUGACUCUAUACAUACAGUCAUUCUUGUAUGUGAAGAUUGAAUCCAGUUGUUUUAUAGUCUUGGGAUAGCUGGAUCAGAGGAUACAUAACCUUUUAGAAUACAUGGAAUUCAUCUCUGCUGUGCCAAAUUUGCAAACUCCAGGUUAAUCCAAGCUAAUUCUGUACUGAACGGCAGUAAAAUUGCUAUUGGGUUACUGGCUGCUGUUACUGUUGCCAAAUUUAUAAAGUCCUUCGGUAACAUCAGUGUGCCUUGAUUGCUAGCAGCAAUGCGACGACCAUGAGGAAUUCCAGUGAUGCUGUAUGAAAACGUGUUCGAAUGUUUGGUCUGCACAGCUUUAGGUGGUUUCUUGGCACCAUGCUAUUUUCUGAUUGUUUGUUGUUUCUCUGAAUCUCUAAUGGCUGGCUGUGCACUGAGAAGAGGUGUGUUCCUACUUCCUAGUUGGUUAUACAGAUCAGCCUGUACUAAAAUACUGGCAUGUAUAAUCUAAUUAGGAAGUCAAUUCAUGUAUUCCCGACAUCUAUUCGUUGGGUGCUACACAAUAUUACUGUAGUAUUAUUACUGAUAUACAUGGUACAAAUAGAAUGGGAGAACUACCAGGCCCAAGUAUCUGAACUAUGUAAUGAUUAUUGAACUGGCAAUGGGAAUGUAUGCCAUUUUAUGUUUGAAAAUUGCAUUCAGUGAGUUAUAUGAUGAUCAGCAUUGUGUGAGUUA